UUUGAAAUGUUAGAUCAUGAGAAGUGUCUGUCCCUGGAUUUCCAUUGAACUUAAUUUGGGACCUUGUACAUGAUCCACAUAAAUUGUUGCUGGCUUAAAAUUAAAAUUGAUUGCAUAGCUCUUACUCUGUACUGUAUUUAUAGGCCUUUUGGGGGUGAAGGCACUUAGCAUUCCUUCCUCUCUGGUUUGUUUUAGAUUGUUCAUUUGAGCACUACUGGGGUGAUUGGAUGAAGGUUUGUACAACCUGAUUUAGAGCUGCUGCUCAUUAACAUGUUUUUUUUAACAUAACACGAUCGGGUUAUUAGUUUGUGGAAUAGAUGUGUGCGAAUGGAGAUUACAGAUUGAGAUCACCCAUUUGAAACAACCAUUUAUCCGUGCCUCAGAUUAUGGUGGUUAUUAUACUAUUAUGUCUUGGCCAUUUUGAUCAUCUUAAUUUGCAAUGAGACUGGUACAUUUUGCUCACAUGUCUUAGCACUUGACCUUUUAUUUUGAGUUAACAUCAGUGGUCUGAGCUUGCCAUGCAGAAGUUAUUCUCAAGUCAUCAAGUUACAUUAGUUCAGGCUUAUCAGAUAUACUGUUUGCCGUGUAUCCAUCUCAAAUCAACUUUUACAUCAUGAAAUGUUAGUGUGGUACCCACAAUAAGGGAUGGACGUAUGGUACCUCUCUGAGCCUUUGGUGAGAUCUCUUAUCUCUGAUACCCUGGGUAUGCCAGCAGUUAAGCUAGGGAGGAAUAAAAUUAUCUUUUCAAAAACUAUUGUUAGUACUGCAACACGGACAUGCGUGUUUGAAUUAGCUAAGAUUGUUAUGCAUCAAACCAUUUUUCUUAUUUUCAACAAUUAGUUUCAAGCUUGCAGCCUGUUGGUUUCAUAGGGGUUCCAGAAGCUAGUGCCUGCAUUUUUGGAGUUUCCUAACAUGUCAUUAUACACUCCAUAGAAUGUCUUUGCUACGCGAAAGAGAAUUCUAUUCUCAUACUUCUGUUCUUAUAGAAUAAAAUAUUUAUUGGUACUUUCAAAUAGGCCCAGGUAUAAGUGUAACAAAUGCUUAAUUAUCAGAACACAAUAGAAUCUUCAGUUUUUAGCCACAGGCAUUGCAAAUCGUGGUCUACUGUUUUUUAAUAAUGUUUUUGAAAAUACCUUGAGAAUAAAUAGUGUGCUGGGUUAAGUUAAUCCCUACUCCCCAUCCAGUCGAUAGCUGAUAUCUUGAUAUUUUAUUGCGCCCUCUGAACUUCAAGAUGCCUUGCAGAUUGUGCUGAUUGUCUGGACUUGUUAUUUAAUGUUUUGUUCAUCUCAUCAUCCAUUAUAGUUGAUGUAGACUGAGACUUGUCUUUUUGGGGUUCUUGAUCUCCUAGAUGUAUAAGAGGAUCGUUUUGUUCUGCUCAUCUGCAACCAUUGGAACAACUAAUUGUCAUUGUUUCAUCAAAUCCAAAUCCCUUUUGAAAAAAAAAACUGAGAUUCUACACAUAGAUAAAAUGUUGUAUUUAAUUGUAAUUUCUUAACAAGUGCUCGCCACUAUCUUUCCCUCCUAUAUAUACUGUUAACCUGUGUAUUAUCAAUUUGAAUAUUACAUCUCCAACUGCACCUUUGCAAAAAACAAAUGUUAUGAUAAUUCUCUCUCAAGGCUCAUAAGGUAUAGGCUUAUUUUUAGAAUACAAUUAUUAUUGUUAUUAUCUUUGCUUAUAUAUUACAAAAUCUACGACAUCAAGUAAUUUUUAUUUUGCAACACAUCUUAACGAGUUAUUCAUUCAGAGUAUGCAUAAUUCAUAUCAGAUCAUCAGAUUUAAUGGAAGAUAAAUUUUGCGAUACGAUUUUGACCUUCUGCUCCUUUAGCAACGCUACAGGCAAGAGAAACCUUCUCAUAACCUAUGUUCUAAACUUCUGUUUUUUUUUUAAAAAAAAAUCAAAUGCAUAUUCUGAAACGCUUUCCUUUUCCUUGAAUGUUUAGAUGUACAUGUAUCCCUGAAUCUCCUAUGUUAUGAUAAUGUAAUAAAACUUUACAUUGUACUGAAGACUUAAGUUAUACAAAUUACUACUGCUCUAAGAAUUGCAGCAGCUAGAAGAGUAUCGGUUCAAGAAACAGCAGCACAAUGGAAGAAUCAUGUAUGCAGAUUUCCAAGGCCUCCAGUUUCCUCUAUCCCCAUAUUGACGCCAUGACCAUCCUCUGUAACAUUUGUAUAUCCUGGGCUGGUCCUCCAGCUGUCUCUGCUUCAUGGUAGCACACAAUUUCCUUAAGCCAUCCAGCUCGUGCCAUGGCACCAACAUAAAUAACCAAGUAUAAAGAAUAAAGUACAGAAAAAAUCAAAAUAAUAUUAGAUUACUAGAUUAGGGAAUGAGUCCAAGUCUUCUCCUGUUAUUAUUAUAUUUGUAUUCCCCCUCCCAAAUUGCUGAUCACCGCUUCAAAUCUCUACCCUGCCUCUUCUCCUGAAACAGCAUGCAUACAUUGCCAAAAUCCCCUGUUCUAGCUCUAAUAUUCUCCUGGGAUAAAAGCAUACACAUUCAAGUGUCUUGAUAGUUCAGUUAGUAACAAGUUUGUUGAGCUGCGGCUUGAAAGGAUGGCAGACAAGAAGAUCGAAGGGGCUGAUUCAUCUCACAUUGUCUCUUCAACAAAAUCUUUGCAAAGUUCAGUAGGGCCUAAUCUAAUUGAAGGUACUGAUGAAGACGAUAGUAAUAACCUUCAGAAGACAGUAAGUGACAAUUUUGUGGCAUCACUGCAGCAAGAACAUCCUCUGGGCCUUGUAUUGGAGAACAAAAGCAAUUUGCAAGAAAUUUCAGUUGAGCAGAAGAUUCCUACCGGUGUUUCCGACCUUUCACCAAAAGUGGACAGCAGUGAAUUGCCAUGCUCCAUUGAAGUUCAUGAUGGUAUUCCAUCUUCUAGCAAAGCUAAUGAACCUAUGGAAGCCCAAGAUGAUUCAAACACAGCCAUUUGCAUGUUUGAGGCAUCAAAGCAGCAAGAAUGUCCUAUAAGCCUCAUAUUGACUGACAAGAAAGGCAAUUUGCAAGAAGUGUCAGUUGAACAAAAUGUUCCUUGUGGUGAUUAUGUUGCCCUUUCACCAAAAGCAGACGGUGGUGAAUUGACAUCAACCAAUGAAGUUCCUGAAGGCUUUCUAACUUCCUCUAGCAGAGCUUAUGAAUCGAGGGAAGCCCAAGAUGACUCUAUCACAAUGGAUGCUUCAGAAGUAAAUGUCUGUGCAGCUUCAUACUCCACGCUUAGGUUAAUUGAAGGGGUCCAGGAUGAGGCUUCUUGUAUUGAUUUUGGUAAAGUUACUUGUGAAACACCACCUGCCAUCCUGGAAAGGGUGAAAGAAGAUAAGCCACUGGUCGUCCACAGAUUUCAUAAGCGCCAAAUGAGCCUAGGAGAUACACAGCAAAAGGUGCAUGCACCUGUGAGCAGAUCAAACACCAGCAAGCACUUAAGAAUGGAUAAAACCAUUGUUGAUACUACGUCUCCUAUUGAAUCAGUAAAGGUUGCUGCAUCAAAGUUUGGUGGCAGCAUCAACUGGAAAACUCACAGGACACAGACAGAACUGCAGGAGAGUGACCAUAUUGAGCUUGAUAAGCUGAAGAACGAAAUUUCAGAAUGUAAACAUCAAGCAGAAGUUGCAGAGGCUUCAAAGUUAUCAGUAUUAAAUGAGCUUGAGAGAACAAAGAAGCUUGUCAACGAGAUGAAACAUGUCCUAGAGAGGGAACAAGCUGAAGAGGUGGAUGUCAUGGAGGACUUGGAGUUAGUUCAAUUUAUUUUACAAGCGAUGGAGGGGGUUGCCUGUAAUGAUAGUGCUGUGGUUGGAGAGAAGUUGAAUAAUAUUCAAGAACGACACAAACCAUUGAUUGCCAAAGUUAUGUCAGUGAAAGAUGAGUUGAGAAAAGUGCAGAAGGAUUAUGAUUCUUUGUUGAUCGAAACAGAUAUUUCCAUUAACAAAGCUCAGACAGCCUUUACAAUGUCCAAAGAUGCAGAGAAAGAAGUAGAGGAGCUCACCAUAGAGCUCCAAAGACUAAAGGAAGUGUUUGAUUUGGCUAAUGCCACAUGCCAGGAUGCUGAAGAACGCAAGAAGAACACGUUGAUGGCACGUGAUGAGGAUUGCCUUUCGUGGGAAAAGGAUCUCAGGCAAUCCGACAAAGAGCUGAAUCAGAUCAGCUUGGACCUUUGUUCUUUUCAAGAACUGCAAUCAAAGUAUGAUACGUCAGCCAUCAUGUUGCUCAGUCUCAAGAAUGAGCUAGCUGCUUGUUUGGGGGCAAAACCAAUCGGGGAAGCACAAGAACAAGAAAGUGGAACUCAUAAACCCAUGCAAGAAGAAGUCAUCAUUAUGUUAAAGAAUGAUCUCGAGGAGCACAGGAAAAGCAUAGCAAAGGUGACAGAUGAGUUAUGUGUUCUGAAAGCUACAGCUGAAUUGCUCAAAUCACAAUUGAACGAAGAGAAAGCAGCACUUGCUGCCACUCAACAGGUGGAAGCGAUGGCAUCCACAACCAUCCAAUCUCUCAAGAUGGACAUCAAGCUGUCACAGCAGGAACUUGAAGCAGUCCAUGUCAAGUCAAAGGAGUGCCGAGAUAGAAUGGACAAGGUUCUGCAAGAUGCAUCCCAGGAAGUUGACGAGGCUAAGAUCAUUGCUACCAAGGCUCGGGAGGAGCUAAGAAAGACCAAGGAAGAAGUGGAGCAAGCAAAGGCUGCUCUGAGCACCAUGGAAUUCAAGCUUGAAGCAGUUCUAAGGGACAUACAGGCGGCAAAAGAGUCUGAAAGGCUGGCGCUCAACACUCUGAGAACACUUGAGGACAGCAAGGUUUCUGUAAACGUCAAACAAGGCUCUUCUCAGAUGAUCACACUUGACUUGGAUGACUACACGUCUCUGAUUAAGAAGUCCCGUCAGGCAGAAGAGCCCGUGCACGAGAAGACAGCUGCUGCCAUCGCACAGGUUGAGGUGGCAAAGGAGUCCGAAUCGCGCACCUUAUCAAGACUGGACGAAAUCUUCAAGGCCUUGGAAGAGCAGAUGCAGGCACUGGCCGCCGCCGCCGAGCAAGCAGGCAGGGCGACCGAAGGCAAGGUGGCCAUGGAGCAGGAGCUGAGGAAAUGGAGAGAGGAGAACGGGAAGCGCCGCCACAAGGCCAGUGAAGCUCCAAAACCUGAAGCCAGAGCUUCAUCAAGCGCUGCAGUUGCAGAGAUCGUGGGUGGAGAGACGACGUGCACGGGCAAAGAAGACAGCUGCCCCGCCGCGUCUGUUCAUCCGGUGUGGGACGCGUCCAGGAGGAGCAGCCCCAACGAUGUGGCCCUGCAAGCGAAGACGAAGAAGGCGAAGAAGCUGGCGUUCUUCCCUCGCGUCAACAUGUUCCUGGGCUGCUGGUCAGGACGAGCCUCAGAGCUGCGAAGCUUGUCAUUCAGAAUGUGAUUUCCCUUUCCUUUUUUUUCUUCUGUGUGUAAUAAUUUGCACUGGUUUACUCGAUGGCACGUUGUUGUUUGUGCUGCAUGUAUGUGUUAAAGUUGUGAGAUUGCUUUGCUGUCUAUUCAGUUUGCUGGACAAGACAGGAUUAUGGCUCUGUAACACAACUGGAUCUUUUUUCUUUAUGCUCCUGUCCUGGUUUUGUGAACUGGAAUCCAUUUCAUUUUGUUGGCCUGAUGUUGCCAAGA